UUGUACAGACGGAGGUUCGGGGAAUGCACCCUUGCCCUCCCAUUUAUACUCUGUUUGCCCAGGAUAUUGACGCCGAAACGUGAACGGGGCGGGGAAUGCCUCUCAGUCUCUGAGUGACCUUGGGCAAGUCUCUUGCUCUGGCUCCCGCUUUCCUCAUCUACAGAUGGCAAGGACGCAAGAUGACUUCUCUCCCCCAAGCCUGGAACAGCUGAAGGAAACAGAACAAGAUGAGAACAACAAAAGUCUACAAACUGGUCAUCCACAAGAAGGGCUUUGGGGGCAGUGAUGAUGAGCUGGUCAUGAAUCCCAAAGUGUUUCCUCACAUCAAGCUUGGAGACAUCGUGGAGAUUGCUCACCCCAAUGAUGAAUAUAGCCCUCUGCUCUUGCAGGUCAAGUCACUUAAGGAAGAUUUACAGAAAGAAACUAUCAGUGUGGACCAAACCGUGACACAAGUGUUCCGUCUAAGACCUUAUCAAGAUGUCUAUGUGAAUGUAGUAGACCCUAAGGAUGUGACCCUUGACCUAGUGGAAUUAACCUUUAAGGAUCAAUAUAUUGGCCGUGGGGAUAUGUGGCGACUAAAGAAAAGUUUGGUCAGCACGUGUGCCUAUAUCACUCAGAAGGUGGAAUUUGCUGGCAUCAGGGCACAAGCUGGUGAGCUGUGGGUCAAGAAUGAGAAGGUCAUGUGUGGUUAUAUCAGUGAAGAUACCAGGGUGGUGUUUCGUUCUACGUCGGCUAUGGUUUACAUAUUUAUUCAGAUGAGCUGUGAAAUGUGGGAUUUUGAUAUUUAUGGGGAUCUGUAUUUUGAGAAAGCUGUGAAUGGUUUCCUUGCUGAUCUCUUUACCAAGUGGAAGGAGAAGAACUGUAGUCAUGAAGUAACAGUGGUCCUAUUUUCUAGAACUUUCUAUGAUGCAAAAUCUGUUGAUGAAUUUCCAGAAGUAAACCGAGCCUCAAUUCGACAGGAUCACAAGGGGCGAUUCUAUGAAGACUUUUAUAAAGUGGUGGUACAGAAUGAGAGGCGAGAAGAGUGGACUUCACUCCUUGUGACCAUUAAAAAACUUUUCAUCCAGUAUCCAGUGUUGGUGCGACUGGAACAGGCAGAGGGCUUUCCUCAAGGAGACAAUUCUACCUCAGCACAAGGAAACUACCUAGAGGCCAUCAAUCUGUCAUUCAAUGUGUUUGACAAGCACUACAUCAACCGCAACUUUGACCGAACUGGGCAGAUGUCCGUGGUGAUCACACCUGGGGUGGGUGUGUUCGAAGUAGACCGUCUACUCAUGAUCUUGACCAAGCAGCGGAUGAUAGAUAAUGGAAUUGGUGUUGACUUGGUGUGCAUGGGGGAGCAGCCGUUACAUGCUGUCCCAUUGUUCAAGCUGCAUAAUAGGAGUGCGCCUCGUGAUUCUUGUCUGGGUGAUGACUAUAAUAUUCCUCACUGGAUAAACCACAGUUUCUACACGUCCAAAAGCCAGCUCUUUUGUAACAGUUUUACCCCACGGAUAAAACUGGCAGGAAAGAAGCCUGCCUCUGAGAAAGCAAAAGAUGGCCGUGAUACGUCUCUUGGGACGCCGAAAGAAUCUGAGAAUGCCCUUCCCAUCCAAGUAGAUUAUGAUGCCUAUGAUGCUCAAGUGUUCAGGCUGCCAGGCCCAUCCCGGGCUCAGCGCCUCGCCACCUGCAGGUCUGUGCGAGAACGGGAGAGUCACAGUCGAAAGAGUGCCAGCUCCUGUGACGUCUCCUCCAGCCCUUCCAUUCCCGGUCGUGCACUGCCCGCUGAGGAAGUGAGGAGCCAGGCUUCUGAUGACAGCUCCCUGGGCAGAAGCGCCAACAUCCUGAUGAUCCCACACCCCCACUUGCACCAGUAUGAAGUCAGCAGCUCCUUGGGCUACACCAGCACUCGAGACAUCCUGGAGAACAUGAUGGAGCCACCGCAACGAGACUCCAGCGCACCGGGGAGGUUCCACGUAGGCAGCGCCGAGUCCAUGCUGCAUGUUCGACCUGGGGGAUACACACCCCAGCGGGCACUCAUCAACCCCUUUGCCCCCUCCCGAAUGCCCAUGAAGCUCACGUCUAACAGAAGGCGCUGGAUGCACACUUUUCCUGUGGGACCAUCCGGAGAGGCCAUCCAGAUCCACCAUCAGACCCGACAGAAUAUGGCGGAGCUGCAGGGCAGCGGGCAGAGAGAUUCAACUCACUCCUCUGCAGAGCUGCUGGAGUUAGCAUAUCAUGAAGCUGCUGGAAGGCACAGCACCUCCCGCCAGCCUGGUGACGGCAUGUCCUUCUUGAACUUCAGCGGAAUUGAAGAACUUUCUGUCCACCCGCUUAGCAACAGUGGUGCAGGUAUGAAUCCUAGGACUCAGAAUAAGGAUUCUCUAGAGGACAGUGUUUCUACUUCUCCAGACCCAAUUCUGACACUGUCUGCUCCCCCUGUAGUGCCAGGCUUCUGUUGCACAGUUGGAGUGGACUGGAAGUCUCUCACUACUCCGGCGUGCCUCCCCCUCACCACCGACUACUUCCCUGACCGCCAGGGCUUGCAGAACGACUAUACAGAGGGCUGUUACGACCUCCUCCCGGAAGCAGACAUGGACAGGAGGGACGAGGAGGGGGUGCAGAUGACGGCCCAGCAGGUGUUUGAAGAGUUUAUUUGCCAGCGUCUCAUGCAGGGCUACCAAAUCAUAGUGCAACCCAAGGUGCAGAAAGCCAACCCUGUUGUUCCACCCCCGCUAAGCAGCAGCCCCCUCUACAGCCGAGGCCUUGUAUCCCGAAACCGACCUGAGGAGGAGGACCAGUACUGGUUGAGUAUGGGCAGAACUUUCCACAAAGUGACACUGAAGGAUAAGAUGAUCACAGUGACACGAUAUCUUCCCAAGUAUCCUUAUGAGUCUGCUCAGAUCCACUACACCUACAGCCUCUGCCCUUCCCACUCAGACUCGGAGUUCGUUUCCUGUUGGGUGGAAUUCUCCCACGAGCGGCUGGAGGAGUACAAGUGGAAUUACUUAGAUCAGUAUAUCUGUUCCACCGGCUCUGAGGAUUUCAGCCUAAUUGAGUCUCUGAAAUUCUGGAGGACCAGAUUCCUGCUGCUGCCAGCCUGUGUCACUGCCACCAAGCGCAUCACAGAGGGCGAGGCCCACUGCGACAUCUACGGGGACAGGCCCCGGGCAGACGAGGAGGAGUGGCAGCUCCUGGAUGGCUUUAUCCGCUUUGUGGAGGGCUUGAACCGGAUCCGCAGGCGCCAUCGCUCCGAUCGCAUGAUGCGGAAAGGGACCUCCAUGAAAGGCUUGCAGGUGACCGGACCCAUUUCCACGCACUCCCUUGAGUCAACCGGCCCCCCAGUUGGAAAGAAGGGAACCUCAGCUCUGUCUGCCCUGUUGGAGAUGGAGGCCAGUCAGAAGUGCCUGGGAGAACAGCAGGCAGCUGUGCAUGGUGGCAAGAGCUCCGCCCAGCCCUCCGAGAGCAGCAGCGUUGCCAUGACUCCCACCUACGUGGACAGCCCACGAAAGGACGGGGCCUUCUUUAUGGAGUUUGUCCGCAGCCCGCGCACAGCGUCGUCCACCUUCUACUCUCAGGUAUCUGUGGACCAGACUGCUGUCCCAAUGUUGGACGGCACCACUUUGGGGGUAAGCGCAGGUCAAUCCGUGGACAGAGGCAACAGCCAGACCUUUGGGAACUCUCAGAAUUCAGGGGAGCAGGGCUUCACCUCCACAAACCCCAGUGACAGCAGCUCUCAGCAGCUGACGGCAAGCUCCUUGACGUCGUCCUCUCCCCUGGUGGAGAUCCUGGAAGCCAUGAAGCACCCCUCGACAGGAGUCCAGCUGCUCUCUGAGCAGAAGGGCCUCUCACCGUGCUGCUUCAUCAGUGCCGAGGUGGUGCACUGGAUGGUGAACAAUGUGGAGGGGGUGCAGACGCCGGCCAUGGCCAUCGACAUCAUGCAGAAAAUGCUUGAAGAGCAGCUCAUCACUCACGCAUCUGGGGAAGUCUGGCGGACCUUCAUUUACGGCUUCUAUUUCUACAAGAUAGUCAUGGACAAAGAGCCCGACCGAGUGGCCAUGCAGCAGCCCACCACCUGGCACACAACAGCGGUGGAUGACUUCGCCAGCUUCCAGCGCAAGUGGUUCGAGGUGGCCUUUGUGGCCGAAGAGCUCUUGCACUCUGAGAUUCCUGCCUUCCUCCUGCCCUGGCUGCCCAGUCGGCCAGCCUCCUAUGCAAGCAGGCACAGCUCCUUCAGCCGCAGCUUUGGAGGACGGAGCCAGGCAGCUGCGCUUUUAGCUGCUACAGUCCCAGAACAAAGGACUGUGACCCUGGACGUGGACGUGAACAACCGCACAGACCGACUGGAGUGGUGCAGCUGUUAUUACCAUGGCAACUUCUCCUUGAAUGCGGCCUUCGAGAUCAAGCUCCACUGGAUGGCGGUGACCGCUGCGGUCCUCUUCGAGAUGGUCCAAGGUUGGCAUCGAAAAGCCACCUCUUGUGGCUUUUUGUUGGUCCCGGUUCUGGAAGGCCCCUUUGCUCUGCCCAGUUACCUGUAUGGCGAUCCGCUCCGAGCCCAGCUCUUCAUCCCGCUCAGCGUCAGCUGUCUGCUCAAGGAGGGCAGUGAGCACCUGUUUGACAGCUUUGAACCGGAGACAUACUGGGAUCGAAUGCACCUUUUCCAGGAAGCCAUAGCACACAGGUUUGGAUUUGUACAAGAUAAAUAUUCUGCGUCUGCUUUUAACUUUCCGGCUGAGAACAAGCCUCAGUACAUCCACGUUACAGGAACAGUAUUCCUGCAGCUGCCCUACUCCAAGCGCAAGUUCUCAGGGCAGCAGCGGCGACGGCGCAACUCCACCAGCUCCACCAACCAAAACAUGUUUUGCGAGGAGCGGGUCGGCUACAACUGGGCCUACAACACCAUGCUGACCAAGACGUGGCGCUCAAGCGCCACAGGGGACGAGAAGUUUGCUGAUCGGCUGCUGAAGGACUUCACGGAUUUUUGCAUCAACCGCGACAACCGGCUGGUCACGUUCUGGACGAGCUGCCUGGAGAAGAUGCAUGCCAGCGCCCCGUGAGGCCAGGGGACAGGGAGGGUUCCCAUCUUGCUGUGGAUACUCAGGAGCAGCAGUCAGGCUCUGGGUGGCAGACAUCAGUUUACCACCGUCGGCGAGUGGGGGCCCCCACUGCUGCUUCUUCCCCACCAGUGCUCUUCCACCCGAGGAGGAAGAUUUGGGAAGCAGCUAGCACCCAGAGCCUGUGGGAGUCCCAGAUGGCCCGUGGGAAGGCUUCAGUACUGGGGAAGUGGGUAGGCAGCCCCCGUGAAUGUCCUCGGAGAGGGGCGGCAGCUCCCUGAGCGUCCUUUUCCUACACCAUCCGUGGGCUAUUCAGAGCAGAAUCUGCGCUUCCCGCCCAAAAGAAUGCACAGGAUGUAAGAUAAUUUUGUGAAAUAAUGUACCAUAGGCUCACACCUACUGUAUAUACCUGUACAUAUCGGAAGCAGGAAUAAAGUGCCAUGUGCGGCAUCUGUGUCCCCAGCCUGGUUUCCACAGCAGCAGUCCCAUUCUCAGUCAUGUCCUGUUGCCAGGGCUGUAGUGAGGCAGCCACAGAUGGUGAAGACAAGUUUAUGAUUCACCGUCUUGGAGAGUCUGGCUGUGAGUUUAAUAAAAGGUGUCUCUUCACA